AUGGCAAGCGCUAAACGGCGCUACACUGUGCCAGAAAUAUUGGACUAUUUGGACGAUAAGUUCGAUAUCCCCUACAAUGGAGUGAAUUCUGACAUCGAAGGACUUGAUGAAGAAGAUUUUGACGAAGAAAAUGAUCUGCUCCCUGAAGUGGCCAUCUCUGAAGAUGAAGAUGACGAAGAUGUAGACCUCAUCGCUCUUGAUAUCGAGGAAAACGGUGAUCAGGAUAGUAGCAGAGGAAGACCAAGCUAUGUAAGUCUAAAUGACUUUAAAUGGAGUAGUGUGAGAAGUGACAUUGAUAUUCCCAGCUUUUUGCAAGCUGUUGGGCCAGCAAAUGUUAUGCCCAGAGAGUCCUUAGCUGUAGACUUUUCCAGCUGUUUGUUGAUAAUCGCACGUUGGGAAAUAUCCUAA